AUCCAUAGAUUGUUCAAUUUAUCCUGUCUAUUAAAAAAAUAGAGGGCUAAUCCCGAUUUAACUGUAGAUUAAAGAACAUUCCAUACUAAAAGUUCUCUAACUGUGUUAUUGCCGGCCUAUUUGCCUCAAAAAAUAUGCAUUAUUGUCCUUGUCCCCAGGGUCUCUUGGCUCAUGAUCCGUUGUACGGAACGGUUAAAUUCAUAAAGGGGAAUCUCUGAGGAAACGAAUUAACGGAAAGGCAGUCAUUGCCCCAUUUUUUAAAUAACCUCUCAGAUAAAGAUAUCGUUACACUCCGUUGUAAGUUUAAUAUCAGAACACCAAAUAUGGAAUCAAGGGUCCAAAGUCAUAGGCUUAAACAUCAAAACAAACCCCACGUGCGCGCGGGAAAAUCAUAUCAUCAAGGAAAUUGAGUUAGUACAUAUUUGAAGCUAGUCCAUUUUUUGAAAUAUUAAAAAUUAUAUAUAAAACGUUUAUUUACUUUGUGCUGGGUGCUUGUUCUCGGCUAAACUAUUUGUUGUAGAUAGUUUGUGGAAGAAUUAGUUAUGGAAACAGAAAAAACAGGUGAGAAAAACUGUAUUUUCUUUAUGAAAGUUGUCUCGCCAAAUGUUUUACCUUUUUUUCAAUGAGUGUUUUCUUGUUUGUAGAAGAAUCAAGUUCGAACGUUAUCGGGGAGAAGCUUUUAUACAAAGCCAUUAUAAGGGAAACUAGGGAAGAAUUAGGUUGCUUGAAGCAAAAUAUAAACAAAGCAAAGUACUCAAUAAUCGUUGACAGUUCUUCGGAAGAUGAAUGCAACACAGAGCUAAAUAAAAUAUUUUCAGAUGUUGAAAAAGAAGUUUCUAAGCAAACUAAAAGAUACAAGCGCAGAAGAGAAAAGAAGCUUCAAGCACUUCAAGAUGAAGUUAUAAUUACCCAUGAUGAAAGAUCGGGUAAGUAAAAAAUACGAUAAAGAUAAAUGCGCUUCGUUUACGGCGGAACAAGCCGAUUUAUCAGUCAACUUCCGUUGCUGAUGACAUUUAUCUGUUAUUUCUAGUUAUUUCUAGGGACCUUACACUAUUUUUAAUUUUUUUAAAUGUUUUUUAGAUCAUCAUCAUUUUGUUGCUUAACUGGAAAUAAAUCAAAAUAAAAUAAAGUGAUCUACCAACUAUCUAGUUGAACUUUUUAAAACACAAGAUAACACCUUUGUUGUUUUUAUAUCUAAACCUAUGGGAGUGCGGUGAAAAGAGAGAUUCGUCUUAUUAUUAUAAGAAGAAAAAAUUAACUUUAUUGUAAAAUGUUCCAAUUCCUUUUUUUUCUGUUUUUCUUACUACGCGCUACGCACGCAUUUGUUUAAGGCCCCUAAAGCGCAUCUGGCCAAGCCCACGGUGCGUGCGUCCAAAAAAAAAAUUAAAAAAAAAUGGGGCAAUGACUGCCUUUCCGUUAAUUCAGAUAGAAACUGUUUCCAUAAAAGCGUUUGUAAUAGCAUAUUCGCAUUUGCAUUUU